AAGUGGUGUAAUAAACAUGGAGAUUUGGUUGAGUGUGAGUGCUUUAUUAAUAAGUGUGUACAGUUCACCAUAAUAGAUAAUGUUUUUUUUCUGUCAACAGUCCUAAAUCUUAAAUUAUUAAUAAGAUUUAAAUGAGUAAAUAUUGGUUUAUGACUCUAGUAGUUAAGCAGAUGAAAUACAACAAAAUCGGAUGAUUUUUAUUCCAUGAUCUGCUUUUCAUUUACACCCAUUGAUGAUUUUUAGAUCAGAUUUUAAAAGGGUGAAAACUAGACUGAAUUAACAGAAGAGAGAGUGACCAAAAGACUGAACUGACUAUAUAGUAAGUGAAUUAAUUAAUAAUUUGUAAAUCUUUUAAAAUAGAAUCUCCCAAAUAGGUAAAUAUGAAGUACUAAACAACGUCCAUAUUAUUUAUAUGUCUACUAUUCCAGCAUAUUAAUGGCUGUAAAAUCUACAUUGUCUCUUACAAUAUUAUAAUAAAAGAAGUAGUCUAGUUUCGUUUUAUGCCUUAUUUUACUGUAAAUGCAGUGUUUGUCUUUCAUAUAGGUCAGAUUUGAGUAUGCAAAAUCCAGCUGGUGCCAUUUCUGAUUCUUAUCUUUACAAAUGUAUUUGACCAUCUGUACUGAGUCUCUGUAUUGGAGAUUCAAGCAGAGACUAACAAGAUAAGAAGAAAACAUAAGCUUAAUUUGAUGUUUACAAAUAAUUGUACCAAGAGGUAGCAUAUAUAAUGGAGUAAAGCAGCGGGCCUAAAAUAGCACCUUGUAUAGCACCAACAAAGGUUCUUAAAAGGUUCAACAAUACAGUGUGGAAAUAGAGGUGUGCUCAUGCAAAUGGUGUACAAAUGUUCAUGUAUACAUUAGGCUGCUUUCUUCUGUUGUUCACUUUCAUUUCUCUUGCUUUGUAUGUAGCAGCUUUUGAAGUACAUCUUCUGGAUCAGAUAUUUAUCCAAUAGUUACCACAGCUGGUGUGGUUUUCUUGUGUAAAGUAUUUCAGAUAAAUCAUCUUACUAACUGGAUCAUCUGAUUCUGCCACCAGUUGGAUGUACAAAUUCUGACAAAGGAACUGAGAUCAAGUGAUUGAUUGUGGCCUCUCAAGCUGCCUGACUUUUCUUUAAGGUGACUGCUGAGCCAAAAGUACAUUUCCAACAAGAAGGUCAUUAAUAAUGACACAAUCAAGUCUCCAUUUUGUCUCCUGGAACACAAAUGGUAUUAAAGAUACCACUAGGUCACCACAAAAGUUCUCAAAAUUGUUGGACAGCCUUAGCAACCUUCAUGCUGAUGUUGCCUUUAUACAAGAGACACAUGUUGGGACAAACAAUUACCAAAUCUUGGAAGAUGUUCCAGGCUGGAGUUCCUACUUCACUGUGCACAGCUCUCGCAGCAAAGGAGUCGCUAUACUGAUAAAAGACAGUGUACCGUUUGAGUACAUAUGUCAUGAUGAGGAUUAUAGUGGAGGUUACAUUGUGCUCUUCUGUAAACUAUAUGGGGAACUAUACACACUGGUUAAUGUGUACAAUCAUAAAGCAGACAGAAAUGUCUUGGGUAGACUGAAAGAGUAUUUGAUGGAAACAGCUGAAGGUGUGCUAGUGGUUGGAGGUGAUUUCAACACAGUAUUACAUCCCAGCUUUGAUCGGAGAUCAAAUUCUGAAGCAACGUGUCCACCAAGGUGUUCAGCUUCAUUAGAAGAUUUUACAGUUUCUCUUAAACUCAGAGACAUCUGGUCAUACAAUCACCCUACUGAUGAGGUCUUUACACGACAUCAGAAUGAUAGUUACUCCAGGAUAGAUAUGUUUUUCCUUCCAGAUCACAAAAUGGGACGAGUGGCUAAUAUUAAUGUAGCACACAAUGAAGCUGAAGUACAGGGUCUUUCUGAUCAUCAUCCUCUUAUACUAGAACUUACAGUUCAGCGCAGACCUAAAACAAAACUUCCAAAAGUUGCCUCAGCAUUGCCUGAGCCUUUUACAUACAUACCUGACAGAAGACCAGGGAAGAUUAGUGGGGCAGAAAUACUGAGUGCCAUUAAGUCUUUGACUGACGUAGGAGAGCACUCACUUGAUAAUGAUGUGAAAUACUAUAAAAAGCAACAAUGUCAACUGUCUGAAACCUUAAAAACAGAAUACAAUACACUGAUAAAAAACAAAGAUGUAGUAAACAUCUGCCUGUUUAAUGUUAAGCAUUUGAUAUUCUCACAGAUUUUAGCAAAGCGUCUCAGUGAGUCCAUUUCCCCUUCUUUCAAAAGAAAGAUAGAGACAAAUCUUGGUCCAUUUAUCACUGUGACAUUUGAGACAGGCCCACAGAAAAUCAAGUGGUCUUUCCUUGCGACAAAACUUAAGAUGCUACAUCUUGAGAUGACGAAGCUAAAACACAUCUCUUCUGUCUUCACACUGGAGUUAGACAUGCUGGAUUACUUGCUCUCUAAAGAACAAGACUCUUCUGAACUCAGACUGUUGAAGCCUGGGUGUCCACUCACCAAAUUUAUCUUCAGUCUGGCUUUGAAUGAGCUAGAAGCCUUAGUUUUAAGUAACUUCUGUAAGGUCACUGUUUGCCAUCAAAGACAGGUUCUGCGCAUACAUACGGCAGUCACACCGGAGUUUGUGGAUGAUUUCAUCAUCUAUUUCAAGGAAAUUUCAGGACUUACAAUACAAUACGUAAGUUAACUUAAAAUAAGUACUCCAACUGACUCGUACCCAUUACAUAUUUAUUCAAAUUCAUUACAAAUCUUUUUACUCAUUUAGACAAUGAUUGUAUGCUGUAUACAAAGUGUACAUUGUUUGUAUUGUGUUUAGGGGAUUUAGGUUCCAAUCCUGCUUAUGGCAAAGGUUUUCCUCUGUUUUCAGGCUUUAUGUCUCCUUUUUAUCUCAUUUUAUUUCUCUUAAUGAAUUUUAGGAGAAACUUGACAAAUGCCUAAAACUGAUGUGUAGAUGACUCUUUGUUAUUAUAAAAUGUGUCUAUGUAAAGAAAAUAUAUGUGAAUUGUUUUAGAUGUGUUUGAAUUGUGUUAGAAUUGUAUUUAUAAUUUUAAACAAAGCACAAAGAUAAUGUUAAUUAUUGUAUAGUUAUAGAUUAAUGUGUGUAACGUGACUUAGUCAUAGAGCUUUCUAGAAUUGAUCUUAAAUUAGAGUGAAGGCUUAAAUAUUACCAGUUAUAGCUGGUUACAAUUUCUAAAUGUUUUACUCUAUAAGAGAAUAUGCACAUCAAUUUCUUGUGAACAAAAUUAAGUGCAUAAACAUGUAUGAAUAAACAUAUAAACAUG